AACUGGUGCAGUCUCUCUCUCUCUCUCUCUCUCUCUCUCUCUCUCUCCGAGAGACUCCUUCCCCACUGCUGCAUCAUUCUUCCCCCUGUGGUGGUCUCUCUCUCUCUCUCUCUCUCUCUAUCUAUCUAUCUAUCUAUCUAUCUAUCUAUCUAUCUAUCUAUCUAUCUAUCUCUGAGAGACUCCUUCCUCACUGCUGCAUCAUUCUUCCCCCUGUGGUGGUGAAGCUGACGGGAGAGAUGGCGGACCACUUGCUGGGUCUCCUGAGGGUUCGAGUGCAGCGAGGGGUUAACCUCGCCGUCCGUGACUUCACAAGCAGCGACCCCUAUGUCAUCCUCAGAAUGGGCAACCAGAAACUGAAGACUCGGGUGAUAAAGCGUAAUACUAAUCCCAUUUGGAAUGAGGAGCUGACACUUUCUGUUGAAGACCCUGCCCUUCCAGUGAGACUUGAGGUGUAUGACAAGGACACAUUCAGCCAGGACGAUCCUAUGGGCAAUGCCGAGUUUGACAUACGUCCAUUUGUGGAAGCUGUGAGGAUGAACUUGCAAGGCGUUCCAAAUGGCACCAUGAUAACAAAGGUGGCGCUGGGCAGGCAAAACUGCUUGGCCGAUGAGAGUAAUAUAUACUGGUCAGAUGGCAAGGUGCUUCAGGACCUCGUCCUUCGCCUUAAAGAUGUCGAACGUGGUGAAGUGGAACUGCAGCUGCAAUGGGUCAGCAUUCCAGGCGCCAGCGGCCUCUAACUAUAUGGAGUAUCGUCAGUCUUGUGCACCUGCCUUGACAUAUCCUGUUUAUUUAUGAGUCUUAAGAGGAAACUUGUAUCGAUGUAUAUGAGUCGUCUAUAUGUGUAUAACUAGAAUCAGAUGCUGCGGCAUCCACCACUACCACCAGAACAGGCAGUGAGUCCAGAGUUCAGCUUAUUUUGCACCGCACCUUGUCGUUUUAACUCUUACUAUCAAUUAAAAUGGAUCUAUUAUUGUGUUUUA